CUCCCCCUCCAGGCCCCGCGGAGGCGCCGACUCGAGUGCCCCCUGUCCCCUGCCCUUGCGAGCGGCCUCGGGGGGUUGGCACCCCCGCCCCUGCGGCAUCGAUGGCCGCGGCGCCAGUCGACGCGGCCGGCAUCGGGGAGGCCCUCGAGGGGGCCGUUGCCCCGAACGAGGAGGCGCCCGUGGAGCCCGCGGCGCCCGCGGCCGAGCCCGCGGGGGCCCUGGCGCUGGUCCUCCUCUGCGGGCAGUCCAACAUCGCCCGGCGCGUGGCCGGCCGCGGCCCGCUGCGGGACGCGCGGCCGCUCGAGGGGCCGCCGAGCGCGCUGCCCGUGCUCGCGUGGACCGGGGCGGGGCGGUGGUCGGAGGCGCGCCACCCGCUGCACUGGGACAAGCCCGACCGUGUGGGCGUCGGGCCCGGCCUGGCCUUCGCGCGAGAGGCGGCCGCGGAGCCGGAGCUUCUGGGCGCGGGGGGCGGGGCGCCCAAGGGCGUGGCGGGCGUCGGGCUGGUGCCCGCCGCCGUGGGUGGCUCCGCGAUCGCCGAGUGGGCCCCGCACGGUGGCCCUCUGCUCGCGGAGGCGCGGGCGCGCUGCGCCGCGGCGCUCGGGGCGGCGCCGCGCGGGAGCUUCGUGGCGUGCGUGCUGUGGCACCAGGCCUCCGAGCAGGAGACGAAGAGGAGGUACCCAUGCCGCCACUCUUCCCUCGAUUUCCCCAUGUUAGGCCUCCUGUGAGGCCCUCGUCGCCACCGCUGGAUUCGCCUCGAAAUUCUGGUCAGAACGCACCCCAGGAGAGGUCCGGGAGUAGCGGUAUCGGUACGUGUUGGUCUUUUCAGUCGCAAGUCAUGGGAGCUUGGUGUACCCUCGCAAUUCCGUAUUUGGCGUCGAU